AUGGGACGGGCUCUGGCUGAAGACCCCGGGGCUGAGGGUUCUCUGCAGAUGGAGGAGGUGCCCUUUUGGCUCCGCGUGGGUGACUGGAAUCGACCCCUGAACCCUUCAGUCCACAGGCUGACACCCUAUCCACUGAGCCACACCGGCCAGGGCCCGGCUGGGGGUUCUUGUCCCCCAUCAAACCUAGUGGUCACCCGUGAAGCAGGACGGGCUCAGUGCGGGUCUCGGGGUGCCGUGGCCUGCUCUGUCGGGGACGGGCUGGGGGAGAAGCCCCUGUGGGGUCGGGUCAGAGCUCCGUCCCCACAGUGGUACCCGGAGGUGCGGCACCACUGCCCCCACACGCCCAUCCUCCUGGUGGGCACCAAGCUGGACCUCCGGGACGACAAAGACACCAUCGAGCGGCUGCGGGACAAGAAGCUGGCGCCCAUCACCUACCCGCAGGGCCUGGCCAUGGCCCGGGAGAUCGGCUCAGUCAAGUACCUGGAGUGCUCGGCCCUGACUCAGCGCGGCCUGAAGACAGUGUUCGAUGAGGCCAUCCGGGCAGUGCUGUGCCCGCCCCCGGUCAAGAAGCCGGGGAAGAAGUGCACGGUCUUCUAGCCCGGCCCGGGACGGCCCCACCCCUACCCCGUCUGCUGUUGUGUUGAGCUGUCCUGUGUCCGAGUCUGGGGGGGUACGGAGGGUGGGGAAGGGCUAGAAGCAUGGGGUGGGCUCGGGAGGUGGGGUUCAGCCAGGCUGCCUCCUCUGGGGGCGGCUCCAGUCUGCCCUGGAGGCUGGGAGGGAGCGGGGUCUCCCUCAGGCUGCGGGGCAGCCCCAGGAUGGGCUUCCCUGGGGGGAGGGGAGG